UUGGGAAGGCUUAUGGCAAAGGCACUUUGCAAGCUGGAAUGGAAAGUCCGAUUUUAUUGUUGAUAUCAAUGUGUAUAGUUCUAAAACCCAUGCUGACAAGAUAGGAAGUCUUCUUCUCAAUGAUGGAAUUUUCUUGCAGAUGCCAAAGCAUAACCCUUCCAUGCAGAUCUAUUACAACCCGCAGAUCUUGAAAGUCGAAGGAUUCCAGCCGAAACCUGAGGAGUCUAUGUAUGAGGACGGUGAACCACAAGUGUUUGACUCUGCACCAAAGCAGCCUGCACAGAGCGGUCCUCUGUCACCCAAGGAUGCUUCUGAUCAUGUGGACCAUAUUCUCAAUUCACUUUCGCAUGGGACUAUCCUGCAUGAGAUUCGCACAGACACCAGCCUGGUUAAAAGCCAACUAUUGGGUCAUCAAAUGACAGCGCUUGACUUCAUUGCGCAGCGGGAGAGUGGCUGUCCUCCAAGGGAAUUGACACUUUGGCGUGAGAAACGAAAGGGUGGAGAGAACUAUUUCCAACAUAUUCUGACGAAGAAAAAAUCUCCAGAUCAGCUGGAGGCGAGAGGAGGUAUCAUAGCGGAUGAUAUGGGCCUUGGGAAGUCUUUGACAAUACUAGCCGCUAUCGCGAGGUCACUCCAUGAGGCGGCUCGCUUCGGUACAACCUGGGAGGAAGGACUACUGGAUUCACCAGAUUCUCCUGUUCCCUCGCGAGCUACUUUGAUAUUAGUGCCUUCAACCAUACUGAUCGACAACUGGAUUGAGGAGAUUCGCGCACACACAUAUCCCUCCAAGGUGACAUUCCAUAGGCAUCUUGGUACAGAUCGCCACUCAGAGUUACCACAACUUUUCCAGAAUGACAUAAUUUUUACUACAUUUGCCACGGCCGCGCAGAAUGCCAAGCGAGGAGCCUCUCCCCUAUCAAAGAUCAAUUGGUUCAGAGUUGUGCUAGACGAAGCCCACAAGAUUCGCAACCAUAAAACGGACUGGUUCAAAACGGUCCACCAACUUCAGACUCACCACCGCUGGUGUCUUACGGGGACGCCUAUUCAGAACCGAUUAGAAGAUCUAGGCAGUCUUGUGGAAUUCCUUCGAAUACCGUAUCUUGAUCGUCCAGCAACCUUCCGGACGCAUAUCAUUACGCCGACGUCGCCGGACCGUGGGAGUCAAUUCCAGAACCUCCAGACAUUUCUCGGAACGAUCUGUCUCCGACGAACACGAGACAUUCUCAAUCUGCCUGAGCCUAUCAUACAUACAAGGCAUGUUCCCUUUCUGGAUUCGGAACGUCAUCAGUACGACGAGCUCUAUGACCUCUACAAAAGACACGUUCAGAUGUCUGUUAGUGGGGUUCGGGCUUCCACAACACUGCAGUCAAUCCACGAGCUGAGACUGUUCUGCAACAACGGCCCUCGUAGAACCUGUAAGGAAGUGCGUGAUUCUGAUGAACGAUUGUCAUAUCUUGAACAACUCGAACAGAAUAUGUGUGCCAAGUGUUCUCUGCCCAUAUUUUGCAUCGAUCCGAUGGGCGGUAAGAACACGGGCAUGUUCCUUUCACCGUGUAAUCAUCUUGUAUGCCAAGGUUGUUUGUCACAUUGUCUGAGCAAGAAAAAAUCGUGUCUGCUUUGUGAAGCAGAAAGUCCUCCGCCAAUCUUCGGCACUCCCACCGACUCACCAAUGGUUACAUCCAGCGUACCUCAAGAUUCAUUUGAGUAUCCUUCAAAACUGUUGACACUUCUUCGAGAUAUCAAAAUGCUUCCCUCGCAAAGAUGUAUUGUAUUCUCUUCGUGGAAAAAAACGCUAGACCUGGUCGGCGAUCUUCUCAAGGAACACAAGCUGAAAUUCGACAUCAUCCACGGAAGCCUUAGCUCGAAGCAGAGACUAAAAGUGCUGAAAGACUACAAGUCCAUCAUGGGCCCCAACAUCCUGCUCAUGACACUGGGCACAGGGGCAGAAGGCUUGAACCUGACUAUUGCCUCCCACAUCUACUUGUUGGAACCUCAAUGGAAUCCUUUCCUCGAACAGCAGGCCAUGGCAAGAGCGCAGCGUAUCGGACAGACGAAACAAGUAGUCUGCGUACGCUAUGUCGUGGAGGGUACGAUCGAGCAGAGCGACGUGUUGAACAGACAAAAAAGGAAAACGGUAUUGGCGGGUGGAGGGUUCAAACAGCAGAAUAAGGAAAAAUUGCAAAGUUCCCUAGUAAGCCCACUCUUACAUUGAUCGUGUGGAAGCAAUCUAACAUUGAUCAGCAAUACUUUGGAGUAA